AUGUCUCACUUCACGAUUCAUACAUCUUCCUUGUUCGAUCCGAGGCUCAAGUCAUUCCGCCCCAAUGUCUCAAUCACGGUUGAUCCUGUCAGUGGAUUAAUCGUGCGUGUCUUUGAACGCGACUCGAACACUCCAUUCUCGGAACUACUACAGCCUGGCGACAUAGACCUCCGGGGGAAGUAUGUGUUGCCUGGACUGGUAGACGCACACACGCAUAUCUUCCUUCAUUCAUACGAUGAGGCAGGAGCGCUUCAGCAGAAGCGCGAUGAAAGUAUAGGCGAGCGCAUGGUCCGAGCAGUUAACCACUGUCGCACGGCAUUGCUAGCCGGAUACACAACCUAUAGAGACCUCGGCUCCGAAGGAAUGCAAGACUUCGAUGCCAACAUCCGCGAUGCCAUCGCUCGAGGUCUAACUCCCGGCCCCCGCCUAUUUGUAGCCACCAAAGUUCUCGCCAGCACCGGAUCAUUUGAAUGCCGGACGGAAAAUAGUACCGGGGGUCACUGCCUCCCCUCCAGUGCCGACGCCGUUGACGGUGUCGAAGCAUGUCGCCAGGCCGUUCGUCGCCGCAUAGCUGCCGGUGCAGACAUCAUCAAGUUCUUCGCCGACUACCGAAGGAGAAUCAUGCGAUAUCCCCCUGCGCAACAACACCCGUAUAUUGCCGGGGUCUUGCAUCCUCCGAAAGAACCGAAUCCGGAUUAUAUGGUGUUCUCGAAAGAGGAGAUGCAGACGAUUGUUGCGGAGACAAAGUUGGCCAGGUGUCCGGUUUCUGCGCACUGUGCGACGCUUGAGGGUGCCAUGGCUGCGAUCGAGGCGGGUGUAUCCACCAUUGAGCAUGCGUAUUUUACUACGGACGAGAUGUUUGAGCACAUGGUGGAGAAGGGCGUGAUUAUGGUGCCUACGCUGGCUAUAGCGGAGAGGUUGCACGCGAAGCGCUUUGAUCAGAUCCUGAGUGGGGUCAAACGGGCGCAUGAGAUGGGCGUGAGAUUGGCUUGUGGGGGGGACACAGGGACAUAUCCUCAUGGUGAGAAUGUUCGAGAGUUAGAGCUCAUGAUCCAGGCGGGUAUCCCGGUGGGUGAUGUUCUGGAGGCUUGUACGAUUGGUGGGUGGGAGGCUUGCGGAGGUGAUUUGUGUGGGAGACGGUUUGGAUGGUUUGAGGAGGGAGCGCAGGCGGAUAUCAUUGCUUUGUGUGGAAAUCCAGUGGAAGAUCCAGGGGCUUUGAGGGAGGUCGACUUUGUGAUGAAAGACGCCCGAGUGUGGAAGAUGGAUGGUAUGCCGAAGGGGAUUUACUAG